UAUACAGUGAAGCAUGAUGCCAAACACACUGAAAAUCACCUACAUGGCCACAGACUGCUUCUACAAACAUUUGUGAAAGAAUGGGUUGCUAUCAGGAGCUCAAGUGAAUUCAAGUCCAUCUGUGAAAUUUCCUUGCUACUAAAUAUUCCAAGGUCAACUGUUAAUAGUAUUAUAACAAAGUGGAAGCAACUGGGAACAAGAGCAACUCAGCCAUGAAGUGGUAGGCCAUGUAACAUGACAGAGCGGGGUCAGCACAAGCUGAAGCACACAGUGCGCAUACGUUGCCAACUGACUGCAGCGUCAAUAG